GAGGGGUCGUCCUGCGGGUAGCAGGAGGCUCAGGAGGCUGUGGAGACUGGGGUGAGAGAGAGGAGAGAGAGAGAGAGAGAGAGCGAGAGAGAGGGAGAGAGAGAGGGAGAGAGAGAGAGCGCGAGCGAGCGAAAGGUGAGCCGAGCUGAAGGAGGGCAAACGCUGCCGGGCACCCCCAGUCUAUGGAGCGGGGUAAGAUGGCGGAGGCGGAGAGCCUGGAGACAGCGGCGGAGCACGAGCGGAUCCUCCGAGAGAUCGAGAGCACCGACACGGCCUGCAUCGGGCCCACGCUCAGGUCUGUCUAUGAUGGUGAGGAACAUGGACGAUUCAUGGAGAAGCUUGAAACUCGCAUCCGCAAUCAUGACCGAGAAAUUGAGAAAAUGUGCAACUUUCAUUACCAGGGCUUUGUGGACUCUAUAACGGAACUGCUGAAAGUAAGAGGAGAAGCCCAGAAACUCAAAAAUCAAGUGACGGAUACUAAUAGAAAACUACAGCAUGAGGGAAAGGAACUGGUAAUAGCAAUGGAAGAGCUGAAGCAGUGUCGACUACAACAGAGAAAUAUUUCUGCCACUGUUGAUAAGUUAAUGCUGUGUCUUCCAGUCCUGGAGAUGUAUAGCAAACUGAGGGACCAGAUGAAAACUAAAAGGCAUUAUCCUGCACUGAAAACUCUGGAACAUCUAGAGCAUACCUAUCUGCCUCAAGUAAGCCACUAUCGAUUCUGCAAGGUGAUGGUGGACAAUAUCCCCAAGCUUCGAGAAGAAAUUAAGGAUGUUUCUAUGUCUGAUCUCAAAGACUUUCUGGAGAGUAUCCGCAAACAUUCAGACAAAAUUGGAGAGACUGCCAUGAAGCAAGCCCAACAACAAAGAAACCUGGAUAACAUCAUCUUGCAACAACCCAGAAUAGGUAGCAAGAGAAAACCUAAGAAAGAUGCAUAUACAAUUUUUGAUACAGAGAUAGGAAGCACUAGCCCCAAGUCUGAACAGGAUUCAGGAAUUCUGGAUGUUGAAGAUGAGGAAGAUGAUGAAGAGGUACCUGGGGCCCAAGAUUUGGUUGAUUUCUCUCCUGUUUAUCGAUGUCUACACAUAUAUUCUGUCCUGGGUGCCCGGGAAACAUUUGAGAACUACUACCGAAAACAGAGGCGAAAACAGGCUCGUUUGGUGCUCCAGCCUCCUUCUAACAUGCAUGAAACUUUAGAUGGCUACAGGAAGUAUUUUAAUCAAAUUGUAGGCUUUUUUGUGGUUGAAGAUCACAUUUUACAUACAACCCAGGGCUUAGUAAAUAGAGCCUACAUCGAUGAACUGUGGGAAAUGGCACUUUCAAAAACUAUCGCAGCACUCCGUACUCACUCGUCUUACUGCUCUGAUCCAAACCUCGUGUUAGAUUUGAAGAACCUCAUUGUGCUUUUUGCUGACACACUUCAGGUGUAUGGUUUUCCUGUAAAUCAACUUUUUGACAUGCUGUUAGAAAUCAGAGAUCAAUAUAGUGAAACUUUGCUAAAGAAGUGGUCAGGUAUUUUCAGAAACAUACUUGAUUCUGACAACUACAGUCCUAUACCAGUAGCAAGUGAGGAGAUAUAUAAAAAGGUGGUAGGACAAUUCCCAUUCCAAGAUACAGAGCUGGAAAAGCAACCAUUUCCAAAAAAGUUUCCAUUCUCUGAAUUUGUGCCAAAAGUUUACAACCAAAUUAAAGAAUUUAUCUACGCCUGUCUGAAGUUUUCAGAAGAUCUUCAUCUAAGUUCAACUGAAGUUGAUGACAUGAUUCGUAAAUCUACAAACCUGUUGCUAACUAGGACUCUGAGCAGCUCUCUGCAGAAUGUCAUUAAAAGGAAGAAUAUUGGACUUACUGAGCUUGUGCAGAUUAUUAUCAAUACGACACACUUGGAGAAAUCCUGUAAGUACUUGGAAGAAUUCAUCACCAAUAUCACUAAUGUGCUUCCAGAGACCGUCCACACCACCAAGCUGUAUGGCACCACGACUUUUAAGGAUGCCAGACAUGCAGCUGAAGAAGAGAUUUAUACCAACUUAAACCAGAAGAUUGACCAGUUUCUACAGCUGGCUGACUAUGACUGGAUGACAGGAGAUUUGGGCAACAAAGCUAGUGAUUACCUAGUAGACCUCAUUGCCUUUCUCCGUAGCACCUUUGCUGUCUUCACACACCUUCCUGGAAAGGUGGCCCAGACAGCAUGUAUGUCAGCUUGCAAGCAUUUAGCCACAUCCUUGAUGCAACUUUUGCUGGAAGCUGAAGUAAGGCAGCUCACCUUGGGAGCAUUACAGCAGUUCAACUUGGAUGUCAGAGAAUGUGAACAGUUUGCCAGAUCCGGCCCGGUGCCUGGGUUCCAGGAGGACACGCUGCAGUUGGCCUUCAUCGACUUGAGACAACUUUUAGAUCUCUUCCUCCAGUGGGAUUGGUCAACCUACCUUGCUGACUAUGGUCAACCCACCUGCAAGUACCUCCGGGUAAACCCUGUGACAGCCCUGACCCUGCUUGAGAAGAUGAAGGACACUAGCCGCAAGAACAACAUGUUUGCACAGUUUCGGAAAAAUGAGCGAGACAAGCAGAAAUUGAUUGACACUGUGGCCAAGCAACUCCGGGGACUCAUCAGCAGCCACCACUCGUGAAGGCAGGCCUCGGGCCCACAGAGGCUGCUGGCUGCAGCCCCAGAGUCCGGGCCCCAGCACUGGCUGGCCUUGCAUUUGUGCAUUCUUCUUCAAAGAGAGCAAAUGUAUUUUUUUAAUAACCUAUGUACAGUAUUCGCAUAACCUUUCCCUAUAGUGAAAGAGGCACAAGGGUAAGCAAGUCCACGAGCUGUUGCUAGGCUGGGCUUCAGGGGAAGUCAUGCUACACUGUCUGUAUUUUCCUAGAGAUGGUGGUGUCAUCGGUCCAGCAUGAUAAACCACCUUUCAUCCGUGGCUCUAGAGCUUAGAUCUGGGGCUCAGAAACUACACAAACAGAAUGGGUACUUGGCUCUGGGAGGUAAGGUGAGUAGGCAGAAGGGUAAUAAAGUACAUCCUGUUCACUCCUAGGGGCCCCAUUCACUGUGUAGGCGAGGCCGAUUCUUCCUGAUGCAAGGAAAGGGCCUGGAAAACACUACUACUUAGUCUAUCAAAGACCAGCACACAGUUCUGGAGGUUCAUCUCUUCAGUCCACUGACUUUCACUGACCGGUGAACAAGCGUGCUGUGCGGCAAGAUGACGGCUUCACUCCAGUCCCCCCAAGGAUGGCAUUUUUUAGCCUAGAUCUGACCCAAUGCUUUUACUUCUAAGUUUUCUGGGGCACGGUAGAGCUGAGUACGCAACGGGAAGAAUUGGACCUCGUGACUAACUAUAGGCUGCCCCACACCAGGAGGAGAUCUUGAAAGCCAGUGCAAAUGGAAUCAGAGCUCCAGCCCUUCCCCAUUCCUCUCAUUGUCAGGGUACUUGGUUCAGGGCAUAGGUCAACAGUUAUUCCUUAGACAGAGAGUCUGAGACUUGACCUCUUCCAGCAGUGUCAUUGGGAUAGUCAGAUUCCAGAAGCCUGAAAAUGGCCCUUACUUUACCCUUAGGUAAAACCUUGGAAUCAUUCCUUUGUGUUUUAAAGCCAACUUUCUGGCCACCAUCUUUAAAGGAAAUAUCAUCAACUCUGUACUGUGGGGACAGCUAUAGCUGGACUGAAUGGAUGUCUUUAGGGAUGGAACCACUGUCACCGUGAAGUAGAGCGGAUCAGCCAUGGCUAGUGGUUUGUUACCCAUGGCACAGCUGUCCCUCACUAAGUCAUAUCCUGGAUAAGCUCUUCUUGCUCAAGCCCAAAGCUUCCUUCCCCUUCUGAGAUCCCCAUAGCUAUCUUUUGGCUUCAUCUGAGAAGGAUUGCCUGUAAUCCUAUCCCUCAAGGUCUGGAGUUUGCAGAGGAGCCUGGACCAGCUAGCUUGGAGGCUGUGUCCUCUGUCCCAAAUGGGCUCCCGAGACUUAAUGCAAGGGCUUCACUAUGAAGUCAGGCAGAGGAAUCUGCCCUUUAAGACACUUCAGGGAGAUGCUACUAAGGCUACUGGCAAGAGUAUAAUCGUGCAUCACCAAACAAUGACAACUAAGCCACACAGUCAUUUCCAGCUUGGGUUAGUGGAAGGAAAGACUCAUCAGACAGAAUUCUUCACUCCCUUUGUCAGCUGCUGAGUUGCUUCUAGGGAAGACAGUGCUUCCUUUUUCACACCCCGACCCCCACCAAAUAUUGUAUCACAACUUAAAAACCAUGGGGAAGAAAAUAUGCACACCGGCACGCAGGCUUCCUCAAAGCUGGAGACCAGGCUGCGUGUGGACUCUGCAGAAGCCUUCUGAGGCUCAUCCUAGGGGCUAGGCAGUUUGCCCAGGGUUUUAGAAUGAGGCUCAGAGAUGAGUGCUGCUACCCAGAACUUCCAUAGCCAAGGAAAGGCAGGGGUCCAUGGGAAUGAGACCCAAAAUACCAUCUGUCAGGAUCUGGACUUUAUUAGAAAAGAACGAGAAAUGACCACACUAAUCCCAUUGCUUCAGAAGGGCCCCAAGCACCCUCCUUCACUAGAUGCCAGUUUACAGCAAGAUCUCUUCCGCUUUGAGUGCUGAGACUUUGAAGUGGAAUGGAGAGAACCUUAAGCAUAUCACAAUAGUUUUCAACUGUUAUCAUUGCUGGCCUGGUCUCAAACCUGUACCCUGGGGCUUCCCUGGUGACGCAGUGGUUGAGAGUCCGCCUGCCAAUGCAGGGGACACGGGUUCGUGCCCCGGUCCGGGAAGAUCCCACAUGCCACGGAGCGGCUGGACCCGUGAGCCAUGGCCGCUGAGUCUGCGCGUCCAGAGCCUGUGCUCUGCAACGGGAGAGGCCACAACAGUGAGAGACCCGUGUACCGCAAAAAAAAAAACCAAAAACCUGUACCCUGGAGAAACAGUGCUAUAGAAGAGAAAGUGAACAGGGUGGAGGACCGUGGGUUACUCUGCCCCUUGCACACACAGGUGUCUCUACAGAGAACGCUUAUUCAAGCCCAAGACUCAUAGGGUGGAUCCUUUGCUAGAUCCCUUCUUCCCUCUCCGUCUGCCUCAGCCUUCCCUAACGAAACCAACAUGCAGCUACUGAGUUGUCUGUGGGGACACACUCUUGGUGAGCAGGGAAAGGUAAAAAAACAGGGACCAGCAAUGUCCAAGCUGUUUGAAUUGGUGAAGUAAGAGUUUUCAGUUUUGUCUAUAGGCCUCUAGCUGCGCCUGCCCUUGCGAGGACUUGUGCAAAGCAUGGGUGUCCAUGCCCCUCAGACUCCUGACAUCUGGGCUCAAAUGCCCAGAGGUGUAGAAGUGCCCUGGAGGCCUCAGUAAGAGGCGAGAACAUGGGUGCCUGGAGGUCUUUCUGUCUUCUAGUUGGCUGAGUUCUUGGGAAAACCAGGUCCAUAUUCCUGAAGGGACAGUCAGGUUUGGGACCCUAGUGGGUUUCAGUAGUACUUUAGGCAGCUGGUAUAGUUUUAACGUAUCUCGUAGCAAAAUCUCUUUGAGUAGACUGUAAAUGAAGCUCUUGGGGGUGGGGAAGAACAGGACCUGGAAAUUGGGAACAACAGAGAGUCCCCACUGGUAAAGGGAAUAUACAGGCUUACAGGGAGCAGUCCGCAGUAUUUUCAGUGUCUCCCAGGCCUCCAAGUCAGCCUGCACACUUGACAAGUGCUUGCUCAGCAAAUCCCAGACCCAGGGCCCUUUAUCCCCAAGAUUGGCCUUGCCCAUGACUCUCCCCAUGAGGCCUCUGAGCACAGUCCCUGGGGCCUGCUGCAGAAAUCCCCCUCACCAUAGCCUCGCUUCUCCCAAGACUCUGCACCUGACUGCUUCCAUUGCCUCUUUUUUUUUUCUUUCUUUUGCCUGAGUUUGCAGUUACUUUUCACUAAUGUGUUGGAAAUGGCCUUUUUAUUUUGCACAUUUAUGGGGGAAAUUUAGGAAAGUCCAUUUUUAACUCUAAAGGGAACUUUUUUCUUUAAAACCAGUAAAGCUACUGAUACAGAUGGGCCUCAUGGUUAGUAGAAAACCUCUUAUGUGGAAAGAGCAUGUUUAUUCCUCCUGUACGUUUUCCUCUUUUAACUGCUAUUAAAUAAGACAUCCUAUGUACCUGUUCAAAA